AUGGAUGCAAUAUAUGUCUAUUUGAAAGACUAUGUAAAGCUACCACAGAACUAUCAAGGAUGGCAAAAGAUAGAAGCAGGCUGCUUCAGAACUAGAUGGAAUUUUCCUGGUUGCUAUGGCGCCAUGGAUGGGAAGCAUGUAUUGAUUCAAGCACCUCCGAACUGUGGAAGUGAAUUCUUCAAUUUUAACGGCACGAAUAGUGUUGUGCUUAUGGCUGUUGUUGACCAUGACUACUGUUUCCGUUAUGUUAAUAUCGGAGCAGAUGGAAGAAACUCGGACAGUGGAAUUUUCAGAAAUAGCGCAUUAUAUAGCGAUCUUGAAAACAAUAUGCUACCAACAGGUGGUUUUUUAGUUGGUGAUAAUGCUUUUGCACUGAAGACAUAUUUAUUGAAACCAUACAGUGGCUCAAACCUCACAAGAGUACAAAAAAUGUUUAACUAUCGAUUAUCCAGAGCACGCAGAAUAGUCGAAAAUGCAUUUGGCAUCCUAAAAAGCAGAUUUAGAAUAUUUCAAAAACCUAUACCAACUGACGACAACACAACCGAUAAGAUUAUUCGAGCCUCAUGUGCUCUCCAUAAUUGGUUGCGCCUAACAAGUCCCAGUUGUUACUUUCCAAAGGAUUGCGUGGGCGUAGAAGAUAUUGUUGAGGAGACUUGGAGACAAGAACUCAUAGCCACCUUGCCAUCUAUCACCGAUCACACUACCAAUAAUUCACCACGAAUAGCAAGAAAUCUCAGAGACAAGUAUGCCGAAUACUUUAGUGAAGCAGGUGCUGUUGUAUGGCCAGAUACAAUGAUUUCAUAG